CACUCAUAAAAUAAAUAUUGUUUUUCCAGUCCAUCGAAAUAUGACAAGCUAAAAGUAUCAUGUACAUAAUCAUCUUUUUAUCUCGCGAUUUAUUAAAAUUAAAUUAAAAAUAUACAAAUUUAAAUCACAGCUAAUGAAAUUAUUCAAUCCUCAAUCUAAUGGCAAGAAGUUGGUAUUGAUUUACUACAGAAUAUUUGACAGUAGAACUCAAAAUUGCAGUUAAUUAACAAGAUGAGUUUAAAUUCGAAAGUGAACAGCCUUAAAUCUUCAGGUUCCCUAACUCGUAUUUUAGAAGUUCCAAAAUCCAAUCUGGGUUCAAACAAAAAUAUCACUAGUCGACUGAAUUUAGCAAGAAAAAAACUUCUUCCUGUUAUUAAUAAAAUCCUUAAAACAGCAUCAGAAAAUACUUCGAGACUGCCCUACCAAACUGUCAAGUCUUAUCAUCUUACCAUUGAGCAAUAUAAAGAUGCUAUUUGGGCCGCAAAUGUCCUUAAAGAAGUCGACGAGAUUUUAAAAUUUAGUAAAGUUAAACGACUUAACAGUUCUGUUAAACCUGGAAAUUUUAGUUUUGAUACUAAAAAUAUUAAAGUGAAUAAAUCGGGAAAGAUAUACGUUGAUACUCCGAUACUGGUACAACUUAUUGAUCUACACAAUAUGCUUGGCGAUAUUAUUGAUUAUAUUAAAGAUUUACCUGCAGAAGGGCAAAAACUUUCAAAGGAGACUCAAAAAAAAAAAGUUUCUUCUCAGUACAAAUCAAACACAACUUCUUCGGCCAGCAUGGAUAAAAAGAAAAAAGCAGAGGUUGAAAAAAUGACGAAAGAAAUUUUAACAACAUUAACCUUACCUCUCAAUACAAAUUUCUUGGUGAUGGCUGCCAAUUCCGUUCAAAAAUCUAAAAUGCCUUGUUUACCAGAAGAAAAAUCAACAUCCGAAAUUAAUUUGCCACCCCCAACAAUAGUGCAUGUCAGGCAUUGCAAAUCUACAGGAUCUGUAAUGAAUACCAAGCAGAAAUCAAAAGUGGUAGAUGCAGUAGCGGCCCGUAAAAUAAUAAUACGAUGUCUGGCAGAUUUAGAUAGAGUGAAACAAUAUUUAGAACACGAUUCUUCUUAUGGUCGAAAAACUCCUUCUGCUGCCAGUUUUGUAGACGACGAUUAUGAAAGUCAUGAAAAUAAUGAACCUUGUGUUUGUUGUGAGUGUCCUACCGAUGAUGGGGAACCUCUUAAUUUUGUUUGGAAAGAUGAUGGAGAAAAUGGCAGUAAAUUAAUAAUAUGUAUCAAAGGAAAAUCAGAAGAUGAUGGUGACAUACACGUGGUAAUCCGCCAGUGUCCAGAAUGCUUACAAACUCCAAAUAAAAAGAGUGCUCAACGUUUCGAUGUAUCAAUAGAGAACUUAGAAAAACCACCAAAGAGUAAAAUUUCCUUUAAUCGAGGUUUGUCUGGUGAUAGAGCAUUAUCUAGGGCGCCCAGCAGACAGUCUCAAAAUGACGCCAUUAACGUUCUAUUUGAUCCAGACGAACCGUCACAGUCUGUUGUAGAAGGGCCUCAACUGAAAUUGUAUGAAACCAUAAAUUUGAAUCUUCAAAAUGACGAGGGUCAAGAUUUGGUGAUCUCCUUGUGCGUUAAACCAAAAUGCCGUCCUCAAAACACCAACUCUGGAUUCAAUUUAGACGAAAUAUUUAGCGAAUGUCUUUGCAAAAACAAAAAAUCCCGGGUACAUGUAGUUGAAAGAAUGAUGCCCUUAUUAUCCCGUACGAAAAUUUGCUCUUCAAUGGAAUUUGAUGUAGAUUUAGUUGUAUCUAGAUUAAAUACGACAGGAGCACAACAUCCCAACCCGGAAAUAAGCGAACGACUCAACGAUCUAGGCGUUUACAAUAUUCUCAGAGCUAGUCGCCCCGUCAGGUGUGGGCGCAAAGCAAUCUUGAACGAACACCAAAGAAAAUCGCUACCAUACUCCGUAAGCCUUAGAUCGCUUCCUCUCGAUGAUAAUGACAUAGCGAUGAUUAACCAAAGCAUAAACAUGAGCUUACACAAGAGCAAACAUUCUAGAAUAUUUCCAGAUAGUAAAGACAUGGACAGUGAAUAUAGGCACCACGUGCGAAGCAUAAACAUGAGCUUACAUGAGAGUAAACAUUCUGAAAUAUUUCCUGACAGUAAAGACAUGGACAGUGAAUAUAGGCACCACGUGCGUUUCGAAAAAUGCGUUUAUUUUUUGCAAAUUACGCAACAAUGUAAGCUUUUCGACGAUAUGGAUAUUGGGAAAUGGUUGAUUAAGAAGAAAUUGAGUUUUUAUAUUUAUUUGGAAGACGAUAUUAGAAGAUAUGAAAAUUCGUAUGAGGUUAGGUAUUUCAACGUUGAAAAUAGAAAAAUUCCCGUAAAAAUCAAGACAAACCCGAAUAUUAAUCAUGCUAGCAUAAAUAGAAAGCCAACUACAUUUUUGCCAAAAAAUAGCAGAUCUCCAAAAAAAUGUCUGAAAACCAAAAUACCCAUAUACGUUAAAAAUUAUGCGACUAGAAAUAUAACUCAAUUAAACGCUACUCAGAAAGUCAAUAAUAAUUAUCAGAGAUUAAUCAACUCUGACCUAAAUAGCAGAGAUGUAACUAUACCAAGAGUAAAAAGCAAGAUACAAAAUAUAAUUUAUAAUGAAUCCGUAACAGAAAUUAAAAAAACGGAAAGAUCUUGUGAUAAAAUUAAUAAUAAUACAAUCAAAAUCAUUUUUAAAGAAACUGUUAAUAACGACGAACAAAUAAAUAAAAAUUUUAACAAUAACAUAAAUAUAGAUUGUAGAAAACAAGAAAGUAGUGAUUUUAAUGAAGUACAUAGUACUAGUAGUAGAUUCAUAGUUAAUAAAAACAUUACAAUACUUUAUCAAGAUUUAGAUAAGACAAUUAAUGAAAUAAAUAGUGAUAGUAUGUCUAGCGAUAGUGUUCAGUCAAUAAACAAUAUUAAUGACAAAGACAUAAGUGGUAUUUGUCACGAAAUAGAUAAGAAAAAUAAUAGAAUGAAUAAUGAUUCUGCAAUAAAUUACACACGUGAAAUAAAAAGCAGUUGUAAUAAAACAAACUCUACUUCCUGUCAACAAACUACUAAAUUUGACAAAAUAAAUGGAAAAAUUGCUAAAAUAUUUAGAAGCGAAUGCAAUAUUAAUAAAACUGGUAAUUGCAUAAGUCAAAGAAAGAAAUUUAAACAUAAAAUAAAAAAUAGAAUAUAUGAACAAAUAAAUGGUACUAAAAAAGUUGAAAUAAUUGUAAAUACAGUUUUAAACAACGGUGAUAAUGACUGUAAUGAUAGAAAGGAGCGAAAUUUCGGAGAACCUUCGAAUAUUAAACAAGAAAAAAUCGAAAAAUCCAAAAAACUAAUAAACACCGUUCUAAAAAAAGUUAUCAAAGAAUCAUUCGAAAUUACCGAUAUCAAACAAGAAGCGAUUCGAGAAUCUACGAAACUUAUGAACACCGUCAUAAACAGAGCAAUGAAAGAAGCAGAAAUGAAUCGAAAUCUCAAAAAAAUUGAAAAUUUGAAAAAGCGGAGCUUCAUUGUACUCAAGAAGGCGGAAGAAAAUACGGGCGAACAAAACAGUCUGGCGUCAGCUGAAAGUGCAGAAUUAUUCAAAAAUUGGCGAGAACGUAACGAAUCGUUUUCUUUAAAAUCGAAGAAAAGGAGAAAGAAAAAUGAAUUUUAUAUGACGAGAUCGCAUUCACAGUUACUCGUUGGUAGAACUCUCGAAAGAAAAAUAACGUUCAUUGAUUUCACGGAUUUCUUUACUAAAAAAACACAAAAACGUUCCAACGAUGACACACGCUUAGACGUGGCUUUAUCUUCCACGCGAUUUAAAAGAGAUUUAAAUUUGGGAAGAACUUUGUCAAAAAUGAUAGUCAAUAAUUUUUCGAAAUUUUUGUAUGACUCCAUCAUACGAGAACUGUCCACGGAAACAAAAUUGGAAAUUUUGAGUAAAAUAGACGAAUUCCUUGGUAAAUAUUGUAAACUCAAAAGCGUUCCGGCCAAGCCCAAAGGUCCAAAAUGUAGAGGUGUUGUUCCUAGUUUGGAUGUUGAUGUUCCUGUAUCAAGAAUUGUUUUGCAAUAUUUAAAAAAAUCAAAAAAUUGUUCGUUGUAUACUGUUCUAGAAAUUGUUUCUGGUUAUUUUAAAAAUAUAUUAUGUAUUAUAGUUUAUCUGGAAAUAAAUUCAAUGCAAUUUA